UAAUAUAAUGUGUUCAAAACAAACCAAUAGCAACUACACUUUUCAUUGUAAUAAUGAAGUGGAUAAAUACAUUCAAAAUUUUAAACCGAUCAUAAACGAAGAUGAACUGUCAAACCUUACAACAGUGGAUGGAGGUGAAUUAAAAUAUGAUAAAGAAGCAUUACAACUUUUAAAUUUUAUUCUAACGAAAUUUGCAAGAAUUGUAGCAAUGGAUUCAAUUGAAAAUAAAUAUUUUGAAAAAUCAAGACACAAGUAUACAUAUAGAAAUAAAUCAGUUAGUGUUAAACAUAUUGUAGAAUCUUUUUAUCUCUUACCUGAAUUCGAAAAUCUUUCAAAAUUAAUGGAUAUUAACAAAGUAGCACCGCUAUUAGACCAAAACAUCAAAGAUACAAUUACAAAAAAGGUUAGAGUUAAAAAAGAAAUGGGAUCAAGUAGGUCGGUUCAACUUAAUAAACACUUUGAAAUUGAAGAUGACCCUAACGAAAAUAAUAUACACCCAUUACUCUAUAAUCAAGUCGAUAACUUUAAUAAUUUUUUAAAAAAAACAAAAUAUAGUCAUAAUGAAAACGAUAAUGAAACCAAUAAAUAAUAAUCACCACUACCUAUAUUUCAACAAAACACCUGUAAAUAAAAUAUAUUGUAACCAACCUAAACUAAAAUAAAACAUACUAUAUUACUAUUAUAAUAUACUAUAUAUACUAUUAUAAAAU